CCUAGUCUCCACAGAAGAAGCCCGUCGGCAGGAGAAAGAUCAAGAAAAUGGGGAAGAAGACGGGGCAGGAAGAAGAAGAGCUCCUGGAAACCCUAGGAGAUUUCACUCGCAAGGAGAACUGGGACAAGUUCUUCACCAUCCGGGGCCCCGACGACGCCUUCGAGUGGUACGCAGAGUGGCCGCAGCUCAGAGAGCCACUCCUCUCCCAUUUCCAUGCGCCCCAGGCGGCAGGGGAGGAGCCGUUGUCGUCGUCUUUGCAGAUUCUCGUCCCCGGUUGUGGCAAUUCCCGGCUUUCCGAGCACCUCUACGACGCUGGCUUUAAAGACAUUACCAACAUUGAUUUCUCGAAAGUUGUAAUCUCCGACAUGCUCAGGCGGAACGUGCGCUCACGCCCCGGGAUGCGGUGGCGUGUCAUGGAUAUGACUGGCAUGCAAUUUGCGGAUGGGACAUUCGAUAUUGUCCUUGAUAAGGGAGGAUUUGAUGCCCUGAUGGAGCCUGAGCUUGGAGCUAAGCUAGGGGAUCAAUAUUUAUCAGAGGUGAAAAGAGUUCUGAAAUUUGGGGGGAAAUUUGUAUGUCUCACCUUGGCAGAAUCUCAUGUUUUGGGUCUGCUUUUCCCCAAGUUCCGUUAUGGGUGGAAAAUAAGUCUUCAUGCCAUACCUCAGAAGCCAUCUGAUAGACAUAAUCUACAGACCUUCAUGGUGAUCGCUGAGAAAGAGAAAUCUACAGUAGUACACCAGAUAUGGUCAGCAAUUAAUCAGUCUUCUCUUGAUUAUCAUGGGAAUCAGGCACAUGGGCUUUAUGAAGCGCUUGAAAUUGAGAACCAUAUUCGUGUGGAAUACUCCAAUGGUUCUGAUAUAUUGUACUCACUUGAAGAUCUGCAACUGGGAGCCAAAGGAGAUCUGUCAGAGCUUAGUCCUGGUCGGAGGGUCCAGCUUACUCUGGGUCAACAGGGGAACUCACGUUUCUGUUACAGAUCUGUACUUCUUGAUGCUCAACCGAAGUCCAGUCCUUUCUUAUAUCAUUGCGGGGUUUUCCUUGUACCUAAGGCUCGGGCUCAAGAGUGGUUGUUCUCUUCGGAAGAUGGACAAUGGAUGGUUGUUGAAAGUGCCAAGGCAGCUCGUCUGAUAAUGGUUAUAUUGGACUCCAACUACAGUACUGUUAGCAUGGAUGAUAUUCAGAAAGAUCUUUCUCCUCUGGUUAAACAGUUGGCUCCACGAACAGAAGACAGUGGAGCUCAAAUUCCGUUUAUGGCAGCAAGUGAUGGGAUCAAGCAACGGAAAAUUGUUCACCAGGUAACAUCUCCAUUGACUGGACCAAUCAUUGUUGAUGAUGUGGUCUAUGAAAAAGUUGAUGGCAAUUUCAAUAAUCUUUUUCCAUCCAAAGAUUUGGUGUUCCGUCGCCUUACAUUUCAAAGAAUGGAGUGUUUGGUGCAAUCUGAAGCUUUGCUUACACAAGAAGGAUCUCAGAAAAUUCUUUGUGAAACAGAGCAGAAGAAACCCCGAUCAUCUUCUAAGUCAAAGAAGAGAGGAAACCAGAGAAAAAUUGAUUAUAAAGCAUCUCUAAAUAAUGAAUUGUGGGAAUAUCUGAAAGUUGAUCACAACUAUUUGGCUAGUUCAUAUCAUACUGGAAUAGUUGCUGGGUUCAUGCUGAUUUCUUCUCAUUUGGAGAGUGCAUCAUCAACUGGAAUAAUGGUCAAAACUGUUGUAAUUGGUCUUGGUGCUGGGUUACUUCCUAUAUUCCUCCAUAGAUGUCUGCCUAUUCUGUAUAUUGAGGUGGUGGAGUUAGAUCCCGUGGUUCUAGAUCUUGCAAGGGACUACUUUGGUUUCAGGGAAGAUAGUCAUUUAAAGGUGCACAUCACCGAUGGUGUUCAAUUUGUUAGAGGAGUUGCAAAUUGCAACAGAGCGGAUGAGCUCAUUACUAGACGUGGGAAUGAUGACACCAUCUGCAACAUGGGACCCCCUUCCUCAAAUGGUAGCUACACUAAAACAGAUGCAGAAGGCAAAGGGACUAAUAGUAUCGACAUACUCAUUGUUGACGUGGACUCUGCAGACUCUAGCUCAGGCCUAACCUGCCCUGCUUUGGAUUUUGUGGAAGAGUCCUUUCUAUCUACCGUAAAGAAUUCACUUUCUGAGCAAGGUCUCUUUGUUAUUAAUUUGGUCUCAAGAUCCUCAGCAGUCAGGGAGAUGGUUAUUUCAAGGAUGAAAAUGGUGAGAAAAGACAUACUUUCACGGGGAAAUAUUCCCCUAAAACAUUUGUUUGUAUUUGGCUACCUUUUUCAGAUUCAGCUGGAAGAAGAUGUGAAUGAAGUUCUUUUUGCUCUUAAUACAAGUAGUCAUUUCAAGGAGGGUUGCCUCGAGGAAGGUUCUUGUCGCCUGGAGAAACUCCUUAGGUCUAAAAACCCAGAGAGAAGCCAAAGCAUUAUAGAUGCCACUAAGAAGAUAAAGUAUCUAGGGUGAGGAACUUGAAGGGGGUACGUACCUAUGUGGUGCAACAAGCAUGAUGGCAUAUGUAUAAAUAUUUAUAUUGUACACUUAUUAUGGUGCCAGGGUGGGUGGGUGGGCCUAGAAUGAUUGAUAAUUCAUACAAGGAUUUCUCUCAUUCAUUCAUAUAUGAAGCCAAAGUUAACUUUUGCCUCUGAAUAUUAUGAGAGUCCAAGAGAGUCACAGCAGGAGCAGGAGGGGGAGGGGGCCAUAUUAUGUAUGUUAGCAAGGGCCCAACCCCAACCCCAACCCCAACCCCAACAUUCCUCUUAAUCAGAAGAUAUCUACA